AUGAGCUCUGGAGGCAGCCCGGGUCUCCCACCUGGCUGGGCCCCCACGCUUUUGGAGCCAGUUGCGGUGCCAGCGGCCUUCAAGCCGCAUUCGCCCGUGCCCGCGCCCGAGCCGAACCUGCAGGACCACAUCGAAGACACUCGCUGGCUGCUGGAGUCGGCUCAAGCAGAGGCCGAUGGACUCUGCGAAGAGAUCAGGCGUCUGGCGCGCGUCAGCGUGACCGCAGCAGAUGCGGGAGGAGGUGGAAGGACCUCUCCCGAAGACGAGCAGGGGCAAUUUAAUCAGGCGCAUCACAUCUACCGUGUCGUAGAAGAGGAGCUUGUCCGGCUGCGGCAGCAGCAUGAGGAGUAUCUGGAGCAACGUGAGCAGGAGCAGCAGGCUGCCAUAUUAGAGCAGCGCGAUGCCCUGAGAGCCGCGCAACAGCGCUUGCGAACAGCGCAGGAGCUGGGUGAGGCUGAGGGCAAGGCUCGGGCGGAGGCGGAACGCGCCAAGCUGUCGGCAGAGGAGUCCUUAGGCCGGCUGGGGUUGGAGGUCGUCCGCCUGCGCGAGCGCGAGGCUGUGCUGCUGGAGGAACUGUCCGCUCGCCGCAGCGACGAGGGCCAGCGGAUCAAGCAGAACGAGGAAAUCAAAUCCCUUCGCACUUCGCUGGCUGCUGAGCGUCGGCGCCGUGAAGACGCCGAGGCCAUAAGCCGAGAGCGCUUCGAGGAAAUCAGGCAGGCCGCUCGCACUCGGAAAGAGGCGGAAGAGUUGGCGGAAGAGUCCCGGCAGCACAGCCAAGAGCGCUGGAGGAAACAGAGGUCGCUGGAGCGCGAAAACCGACAGCUCCGGGAGCGCCUCCAGACGUUGCAAGAAGCUAGCAUCGAGCUCAAUAGUGUACGCAUGGAGAUCGAGGAAGCGCACGAAGACAGCAAGGUUAUGGCGAUUGCGGGUACCUUCCUAGGUAGGAGAGCAGUGAUAUACUUCUUAAAGAGCCUCGCAGACGACCACUUCGAGUUGCAGGAGCAAUUGCUCGAGUCUCUGGCGGCACGACUGGGAGGCAGCUUCCCGGUGGCUGUCGGACUCAUGCGCAACGGCGACGUUCUCUUAGGCCCGGCUCUUGACCUGGCGCAGCAGCGGAUGAGCGCUGUGCAGGUCCUGGUUGCCAACGCCCUCCUACGUGGCGAAGCCUUCGAGGCCUUGGGCUGCCGUGAGAAGCCCCGAGGUGGUUCUGUGGACCUGCUGCGGCAGCUGGAAAACUUCCAGGAGGUGAAAUGGUUCGGAGGACCAGAUGAGCCGGGCUCCUUCGAGGGCCUCUUUGCUCAGCGCUGUGCCGCAGACACGCGCCUCGUGGAUGUGAUCGGUGCAGGUCACGGCUGA